AUGCUUGAUUCUUUUGAAUGGUUUAGGAUUUCACUUCGACUGGUACCUGCUUCCUUGCCCAACAAACCUCCUCAAAGCUUGGGAGAGAACACCGAGUUUGGCACUCAUGAUACUUUCCGCCAUGGAUUCAACGUAAUGCGUGCCAAUAUCACCCAAGGACAUCCACUUGAAUCUCAUUUGGAACAGUGGGACCAAACCCAAGAACAACUCAAGACCACUGUUCUCCGUAAUACAUUUGGCAUCCAUAUGCCUUUGCGCUUGAAAAUGGAACAGGCUUUGAUUAAAGAGCAUAUUCAUGUAAUUCCAGUGAUGCCCAGUCGCAAUCUUGCUCUCGAUGUGCUGAGUGGUAGAAACGAUACGAUUGAAUUUGAAGAUUUCCUUGGAGAAACCAGAGCUCCAAUCAACGAUUUGAGCCCUCAUACUGCUAUGGAACGUGUACUUCAUCUUUAA